UACCUAGCAUUCUUGAGGUCUUGGGUUCCAUCUUCAGCCGAACAGUUUUUUAAAUUGAAAACGUCCCACUUAACAUAUAACAGGAAAACAGUAGAUCUGGAUAUAUAAAUGCUUGUAUUGAAAAUAGCAGCAAUGGGGACUGGAGAGAUGGCUCAGUGGCUGAGAACACUGGAUGCUCUACGGAGAACCUGGGUUUGAUUCCUAACACUCACAUGGUGACUGACAACUGAUUGUAAGUCCAGUUCCUGUGGGUCUCCCGCCCUCUUCUGGCCUCUGUGGGCAAUGCAUAUGUAGUACAAACCCAUUCAUGUAGACACAACACACAUACACAAAAAUAAAAACAAAUCUCCUGCAGAGAAGAGUUGUGUGUCCGCUUGGCAUUCCCCACUUGGUGUAUGUAUCUCAGGCCUUCCUGCCUAACACAGAGCACAGCUACUGCCCGUGAGGCAUCUGGACCAUGUUGGCGUCAUAGGCCCAUUGAGAACCCCAGAGUCUAACCUUAACACUCCACUACAGUCUCCCAUUGACUCUGACUACCGCCAUUAGGUCGCUUGGGCUUGUAAAAGAACAUGAAUGCUCAAAAUGCCAAGAUUGUGUGCUCCCAACGUGGGCUUUAGCAGAUAGUCCAAGCAACGAAAUGUCUCAAACUGAAGUUAGCUGCCAACUCAGGGUAAGGGAGAGAUAGGGAACUGGAAAAUAUAGAAUAGAAAAUGUGAGAACCUACAUCCUUUCUUUAAAACUUAGAUCCUGAGUUUGUUUCUUUUCUAUUGCUGUGAUAAGCUACCAUGUAUAAAAUGUAUAAAAGAAAGCGUUUGGUUGGACUCACGAGUCCAGAGAGAUAAAGUCUGUAAUGGCUGAGCGGCCAACCGCAUGGCGACAGGCUGCUGCAGAAGCAUCUGAGAGCUCACAUUUUGAUCCACAAGCAGAAGGCAGAGAGCACUAAUGGGGAAUGUCAGGUCCACCCCUCCCCCUCAGUGACACACCUCCUCCAUCAAGGCUUCCCAAACAGUCCCACUGACUGGGAACCAAGUAGUCAAACACAGGAGCCAGCGUAAGGAGGCCAUUCCCAUUGGAAGACCACAGAUCUGUCAGCGGUCUGUGGCAUGUCCUGUUCAUGACUAGGCUUGCAUAUUUUGGACAUCUUUCCACAGCAACACACUUCCACCUCAGUGUUGAUCGUGCUGUGACUCUUCUCCGGCCCGUGCUAUCCAUUUUUUCUUUUUAAUGUUAGGAACUUUUAAAAAGAUUACCAGCAUCUUUUUUAAAAAAUAGUUUUUGCUAUUAUCUAUUUAUUUAUUUAUUUAUUUAUUUAUUUAUUUAUUUAUAUCCCAAAUGCUGUUCCCUUUCAGUCCCCCUUACAGAGACCCUUCCCUUCGCUUCUGAGAGGAUGUGCCUCUCCCUAACCUGGCACAUCAAGUUUCUGGCAGAAAUUUUUAUUUGUUUGGGUGGCAGGUGCUUGUGGGGGACAGAGGGCAUCCAAUGCCCUAGAGAUGAAGUUAGAGUUUUUUGUCAGCUGCCACACUUGGGUGCUGAGAACGAAGUGUGGGUCCUGUGCAAGACCUAUGCUGGGAUGUCUCUCCUAUCCCGAUUUUUUUUCAACUGGAAGGAGGAAAGUAUUUUUAAUCAGAAUUUAGUCUUAGGGCCUGGAGAGAUGGCUCAGUGGUUAAGAACACUGGCUGCUCUUCCAGAGAUCUGGGUUGAGUUCCCAGCUCCUACAUAGUGGUUCACAGCCAUCUGUAACCUCAGUUUUGGGGAAUCUGAUGCCUUUUUCUGGCUUCUGAAGGCUCCAGGCAUGCAGGUGGUACCAGACAUACAUGUUCUCAAAACACUCAUAAAAAUAGACUUUAAAAAAAAAAAUCUACUCUGAUUGUCCACUGAGGCAGGAAUUCCUAGCUAGAUCUUUUCAAAAAACCUUUGCCACUGUGACCCUGUAAAACAGUUAUGGAUAGACAGUAAACAUCCAUUAGUAUUAUAUCAGGGUUUUUUUAUUCUUUUGAGUUGUAUCUUAAAUUAUAUUAACUAACAAAUGAAAGAGGCAGGUCUUCUAAGUUGACUGAUUAAAGAAUAUAGGUCUCUGUCAGGUGUGAUGGCGCACACCUUUAAUCUCAGCACUCAGGAGGCAGAGGCAGGAGGAUUUCUGUCAAUCUGAGGUCAAUAUGGCACAUAGUGAGUUCCAGGAGAGUCAAGGCUACAUAGUGAGACCCCAUCUUUUAAAAAAUGGGAAUAUGAGUUUUCUUGGUAACAGUAAGGUCCAGGCUAGAGAUGUGUAUCACUGAGGUGCAUACAAAUAAUAAAUAUUUUAGAAAGAAUAUAUGGCUAUUUCCAGGCAUGGCAUAGUAAGGUUUUAUUUGGAAAAGCAAGUUCUUGACCUGAAAAGAUUUGAUUUGAGUUUCUGACACCUCCCCCCACCCCGUGUGUGUGUGUGUGUGUGUGUGUGUGUGUGUGUGUGUGUGUGUGUGUGUCUGUCUGUGUGUGUGUGUGUGUGUCUGUGUGUGUGUGUGUGUGUGUAUGUGUGUGUGUGUGUGUGUGUGUGUGCGUGCCCACACGCAAACAAGCAAGUGUGUGUGCAUGUGAAGGCCACAAGGCCAAUUUUGGGUGUCAUCCCUGGGAGAGAUCCACCUUGGUUUUUUGAGACAGUGUCUCUCAUCAGGGCUUGGGACUUGUGGGCGAGGCUGGAUUUGCUGCAGUCAGACUUGUCUCUCAUUUCCUUAGACCGUGAUUGCAUGCGCACCAGUACCCCUGGAUUUUUCUGGGGUGCUGAGUAUCCAACUCAGGUCCUCAUGUUUUCAUAGCAAGCUCUUUACAGACUGAACCACCUCCUCCACCUUUAGUUUUGUUUUUCUUGAGGCAAUGUCUUAUUCUGUAGCCCAGGCUAGCCCUAAACUCACAGCAGUCAUCUUGCCUCAUCCCCCCCACACAUACACACACACACACUCCCACCCCUGAAGUACUAGAAUCACAGGCACGAGUCACCAGGCCUGGCCUUGAAAAUGUGCUGUUUGGGGUGAAACAGUCAGAGGGAGUUGGCAUUGAUCAGAUAAUCAUCCCAUUAAGGAAAGUGAGUGCUCUGGAGCACAGAGCACGGCCCCAGAAGCACUCCAGCCUGGAGUCUGAAGUGACUUCCCCAAACGGAAGGACACUCGAGCAAGCUGGAAAGAGUAGGCAGUAAUUGGGGUGUUCAUGGUUCCCAAAAAUAGAGAAAGCAUGUCAAAUAAAGACAUGGCAGGGCUAGCAGAGCUCGUAACAGAGACUAGCAGGGAAGUCCAAGGCUUACCUCCUAAGCCGAUAUAAAGGCACAGACCUGAGGAAUUCUAUCCUAAAGGCUGCAGAAAGCCGAUGGAAACACUCAUGCUGCUAUGGAUGUUCCUGAGUGUCCUGGGGAUGGCCUUAAUUUAACAUGCACGAAAUCCAGCGACUCCUCCUCCUCCUCAUUUCCAGCUCUCUGGCCAUUCUUCUGGUCUAUUUAAAACCCUUCUCUUCUAUUUCAUCCUUGAGCCAAUUAGUUACCAGUUUAUUCCUAAAAUUCUCUAAAAUUCUGGUCCAUGGUGACAAAUGCACUCAGUGUCACGCCUGCCUCAGUUGAAAGCCUCACCAUCUUAUCUGAACUAUCGUAGUGUCUUCUAAUUGUCUCUACCUUGCCUCUUACCCACUGUCACCUUUUCCCCAAAAUAUACUGAAGAUGGCUUCUCACGAAUUCCCUGAGGUCCACUGUGACCCGGGAAUGUGGUCUCACACUUUUUUAAAAUCCUUAAAAAUAGCCUGAUUGCUCUAUAGUUUGUACCAUGAAGUUCACUCAUUUAAAGUGUAGCACCAGAGUAUUUUUAGCAUUUGCACAGUUACGCAGUCAUCACUACACUUCAACAUUAGAACACCUUUGUUGCCACCCAAAAUAAGGCCAGACCCAGUAGCAGCCAUACCCACCCACAACCUUUCUGCAAACUUAGGGAAGCACCAAUCUAUUUUAUUUCCUUAGAUUGACUGGACAUUUCACACAAACAUAAUCACAGAACCUGUGUUCUCACAUGAGUAUCUCCUUUGAGAUAUGUUUAGUGUAUGCCAACACUUCAUUUCUGUGAGAGAAGGCCCUCCCAUUGCAUGGAUAAGUGGCCUGGAGUUCCACUUGCUUCUUGGGGUCUGAUGUUUAAAGACUUGAGUGGUGUGGUGCUAGCCCAUCUCCAUUUCCUAUGAGUGCCUUGAACAUGUACUGUUCAAUAAGCCUCGAUUGCAGUGUGCCGAGGGCAAGGUCAAAAUGGACUGUGCUCUGCUUACUGUGAACACACAUUCCUCGGCUGACUCCCACUGAGCUCCCAGAGUAGAAAGGAAAACGCCAGCUUCACACUGCAGUCAGGACCUAGCUUUCCCACACUGUCCUUUGCCCCUGCAGAGGAGGACAGGGGCACUAUUCCAUUUAACUGGUGAAAAGCUACAGACCUUGGACAGUGUGAAGGCAAAGAUGAAGAUGUGAGUGGAACACGAAUAAGGUCUCAGGAGAGCAAAGCACCUAACCUGCCAUAGAGCUUGGAGAGAUAGGCCUACUAUCUGGGAGAGACCCACAAAGGGGUGUUUGUGACCUUGGCCACAUACACGGGGAGGUGACAGAGUUUCCCGAGUGCCUGAUUCAGAAGUCUUCCAAAAAUAGAAAUCCAUUCACUCUGGCUGGAAAAUUAGCCAGCACCUCAAUGAGGACAGACCCUGGGUGGACUGUGCACAGUACUUCCUGAAGGUGCUUUCCUUCAAUCAGAGGAAACCUGCAAUGUGUUGAACCCCCUUUUAGGGGAGAGGAAAAGUUUCGUGUCUGGAGUCCCAACUACCUCAGAGUAGCAGAGAACUGACACCCCUGGGCUAGAUCAGCUCUCAAAUAGAAAGGAAGGCAGACACUAUUUCAUAUAUGUAUAAUACUAACUACUUAAUAAGCACCAUUUAACCUUUUCUUGCUUGUAUAUAGUGUGUGUGUGCUCUGUGUGCAUGCACGUGUGUCUCUGUGUGCCUGUGUAUGUAUGUGCACGUGUGUCUCUGUAUGUGUGUGUGCCUGUGGAUGUGCACGUGUGUGCAUGUAUGUCUAUGUGUGCCUGUGUAUGAGAUUGUGUGCCUGUGUGUGUACAUGUGUGUCUGUGUGUGCGCGCAUGUGCAUCUCUCUGUAUGUGCAUACACACACAUGUUUGGCUGAGGUCAAACCCAAGGCUUCGUGAAUUCAGCACAAGCUUUCUCCUGUGGCGCUAUAUCAACAGUCCAAGUUCAUUUCCCUAUGUUAUCCUCAUGACAACCCUGUGCAGUGUGCUGGACAGAUAUUCCUCACCCUGUACGAGGGAAAACCAAAACUAGCCAGUCAGAAGCAGAUCCAGAGGCUUCUGACGUCUCAGCGUGUGCCCUGCCCAGUACGCCUUGCUCCUAGGAGCCAUGACCGACACUAUUUAAUAGUACCUGCCUCUUCCACGAAUGGAUAAAACUGAUUUUGUCCACAGAGCCAUGGGGGUGUUGAUGUCCAAGCGGCAGACAGUAGAGCAGGUGCAGAAGGAAGUACAGGAGGAGAAGGAAGCAGAGGCGAGCGCCCCCGUGGUCCAGGAAGAGAGCAGUAUCAACCGCGCAGCCUGGGAGCGGCUCCGAGAUGGGCGUGGCGUCGAGCCUGAGGAGUUUGACAGGACCAGCCGAUUCACGCCUCCUGCCUUCAUCCGGCCCACGCGGAAGCUGGACGAUGACAAACCUCCAGAUAUCUGCUUGGAACCCCGGGAGCCUGUUGUCAACGACGAGAUGUGUGACGUCUGUGAAGUCUGGACCGCUGAGAGCCUCUUCCCAUGCAGAGUCUGCACCAGGGUUUUCCACGAUGGUUGCCUGCGCCGCAUGGGCUACCUCCAAGGGGACAGUGCAGUGGAGGUGACUGAGAUGGCCCAUACAGAGACAGGCUGGAGCUGUUACUACUGUGACAACCUUAACCUGCUGCUUACUGAGGAGGAGAUGUAUAGCCUUACUGAGACCUUUCAGCGGUGUAAAGUCAUCCCUGAUUGCUCCCUGACACUGGAGGACUUUGUGCGCUACCGCCACCAAGCAGCAAAGCGAGGGGAGAGCAGCAGGGCCCUGACUGACGAGCAAGAGGAGCAGGCAGCCCGCCAGUUUGCAGCCUUGGACCCUGAACAACGGGGUCACGUAGAGUGGUCCGACUUCUUGUCCCACGAAUCCCUUCUUCUGCUGCUGCAGCUGCGUCCCCAGAACUCUCUCUUGAGGCUCCUUACUGUCAAGGAGAGGGAACGAGCCCGAGCCACCUUCCUGGCACGGGGCAGAGGGAGCACCAUCAGCGAGGCGGAGUGCCACCAUGCCCGGCAUUCUUGGUUCUGUAAACGCCUUACAGAGGCUCCUUCCUGCAGUGUCAGCAUCAGCCAUGUUGGGCCUAUAGCAGACAGCAGCCCAGCUGCCAGCAGCAGCAAGAGUCAGGAGAAGGCCCUGCUGCCCACAGAGCAGGAGUCCAGAUACGUGGAUUGGCCCACCUUCCUAAGAGAGAACGUCAUCUACAUCUUGGCUGCUCGUCCUAACAGCGGAGCGAUCCACCUGAAGCCCCCAGGAUAGGUGGGACAGAGAAGCUCAGUUCUGGGACGGUGGCAUCCUCUCUCUCUCUCUCUCUUUCCUUUCUUUUUCCUUUACCAACCUCUGGCACUGAGACUCAUGGGAAUGGGACACUGCCAACAUCUUAAUUUGUCAUUAAGCUUUAUGGCACUGAAGCCACCGUUCCCCUCACAACCGAGGCAGUAUUGCCAUAGUGAGAGGCCCCAAGAGCUGUGGCAUUACCUGCUAUGGAUCACCUCCUGCCCGCACAUCAUAAAACUACCUGCCACCUCACGCAUACGUGUGUGCACAUGCGCAUACAACCACAUACAUGCCUAGACAUCCAUGCCUUCAAACUCCUUUGGUUCUUUCUUUGAUGAAAAAGGACCAAAAGCCUUUUGUUGAGCCCCCCUGGUUUAGAUAAGAGGGUCUCUUCUCACUCUUUUUAUUGGUCAGUUCUGAUUCCCAGGAGAAAGAAGGGGACAAUUUAAAUUCACUUCCCCUCCAGGAGAUGCCGAGAGGCCCCCCUGCCCACAUGGAAACGCCCUUCGGUGAUGACCACUGUUAUUUGUGAGUGUCUGUAUGUCCCUCAGGUAUGCCAUGGUGGGAGAACAGUUCAAAACCAUCCCGAAGUUUGUGUUUAAAUUCUGAUUCCUUGUGAUAGAGAAGGAACCUAGUUUGUGGAUUUCUGCCUGGAGAAAGUGGAGACAGUCUCUCCCAGAGAGCCAGAAGUCUAGGAACUUUUCAGCCAGGUCAUCCAACUUCACAAGUCCUUAGCAGAACAGGAAAACCAAGAUGAGACCCCUGGUCCCUAGUCUUCAAGUGGUCCAAAGCUCUAGGGACCCAAGAAGAACAGAUACACUGGCAGGAAUCACUGUGUGUGAGGUGCUUUAGCCUAGGUGGCGGCCUCAGAGGCCGAUGAGGAUGCAGAAAAGAAAGCCCGGGCUUUUCCUACUUUCCAGCCCAACUCAGCCACAGACAUAGAACUGUGGCAUCAUAUGGAGGGCAAGCCACCCUCUUACAUAGCCAGAGGAGCUCUGCAGAAUGCCUACGCAGUUGUGCUUUUUAAGAAGAGACAACAAAGGCUCGAGAAGAUUUGUAUCUCAACUGUCAAGAAGUCCUAGUCAGCGUCAGAAGGGGGACAGUGUGUCCUUCUCCCGUCUCCCCAGUCGCUGCUUCUCCCUGAUGCUCACUCCGUGUCUUCCCCUCACCUGAGAGGACCUUGUGGACAAGUGGAGAACGAACGCCAUGGGUGUAGCAAGCUUGGCCUCCAGGCUUUGUGUAACCCAUCACCCAGUUCUGAAGCUCUGGAGUCAGAACAUGGUGUGGGUCAGCCCUAAGACCUAGGGAUCCAGGUUCUGGAUUUCUGUUUUCAACCAGAUGACUUGGGUAUGGGCAGUUCUGACAACUAGUUCUUCAUGAGAGAACUGAGCAAAGUCCCGCAGAAAGCUUGCAUUGUCUCCACUGCUGAAAGCACUUGUACUAAAGUGGAUGGUUUCAGGAGAAGGAGCAUGCUGCUCAGUGUUGAGAGGCUCAGAUGCCAUGGGCACCUCCAGCCAAGCCUUGCUAAGAACCCUGCAUGCUCUCCUUCUGUAGGACCUGCCUUACCUAGAAGCAGGGUAGUAUACUGCUGGAGACAGAUUAUUUAGGACUGAAAUGAAGCAGGCAGGAGAUACAUGUGGGUUCAUUUUGAAACCCACAGCUUUUAAAAACUAUUACUUAAAGCUGGGCAUGGUGGUACAUACCCUUAAUCCCAGCCCUUGAGGGACAGAGGCAGGUGGAUCUCUAUGAGUUGAAGGCCAGACUGGUCUAAAUAGCAAGUUCUAGGCCAGCCAGGAUUACACAAGUGAGACUUGGUCUCAAUAACAACAAUGAAAAUGACUCGGCCAUGUUCCCAGGACUGAUCAGUAAGAUGGCCCAUUAUUGAAUCGAGUCGAAAACAAAGCACAAACCUGCUGGGCUCAAGGACUGCAUCUGUAGCAGCCAGCCCUGGGGUUUUCCAUUGAGAAGAUUAAAGCAUGCUAAAUUCAGGGGCUCUUGCUCGCUCUCCCGAUGAGUCAUCUUUCUCUCUCUCUGUGGCUGUGGGCUGCUGAACCGCACAGAGAUAAUUCAUCUCUGGGCUUUGGGAAUUGGACAGUGCUUGUCUGCCACUCCCCAGCUGUGGACACUGGGAGUCCAUCUCUUCUGUUCCAUGGUCCUCUACAGACCAAGACGAUGCUUACCACCUUGGAGCAGCUGUUUGUUGCUUCUGUACGGUUGAAUGGCAGAAGCCCACAGGCUGAAUCGGACUGUGCAGAGCCAGCCCCGCAGCUCAUCCUCAACAGGACCAGGCCUAUCUGGGAUCACCUCUUUACCCAGGAUGGCACAGGACAGCUGACCUUUUCUCCAUAAGCAUCCAGUGUUGUUCCAAAAGGAGGGCCCAUUGCUCCCUAGUCCGUUGUUACAGAAGCCCGCCCCAGCCCUAUGUCCAUAAUCUCUCUUUGGUGUGGGCUCAGUGUUUAUAGAGGUACACUGUCAUCAACCUAGUAAGACUCAUUCCCUUUCCAAGCCUUUCUAUCACUGUGACUGUCUAAAAUUCUGCCAAGUGCAAAGGUUAAUGUCUGGCUCUGAUGAGGGUCUGAGAAAUGUUUCAGUCUUUCCCAUCUUGGCUGCUGAAAGUUAAGAUCAAUGCUUUUCUCAACACCGCCCAUCCUGAGCUCCAACCAAUAGAGGCUUGGGUUGCAUAUAUACUUCUCUGAAGACCACUUCCCCCAGGCCUGGUUCUCAUCCAGAAGUUCUCAUCCUUAUAUUCAGAUUAACUAAGGGAACAUCAGGAUGCCACAGCAGAGCUGCAGGGACAGAGCCGCUGAGAGCGGCUCAGCACUGCAUAACCUCUCCGGGUCUGUCCCUUGGCCUCCUUCCCCCACAAGACAUUUGAGCAGCAGCCCCUAUGGUAUCCAGGGAUGAAGCAGUUUCCUUAUUCCUAGGUACUGAUUCAACUCAAGUGCUCUUCCUUUGAGGAAAGCUGCAGCAGAAGCCAUGAAUACAUUGCCUCUUUCUAGCCCCAGCCCAAGCAAUGGGCUGGCAGGGUAAACACUUGCCUUUCUGGACCUAGUGCUUCCUAAGGGAGGUCACCUGGACCUUGUUUAAGUGGCCAAGUCUUGGAGUUCCCCCAUUCCUAUCACCAAAACAGAAAGCACAGAAUUCAACUGCCUGGGAAGAGGGCACUCCACUGGGAAGUGGGUGCCAGGGUUGUCCCAUGCCUUAGUCCAAAGCACAAUAAUCAUUGCAGGCAUCACGGCUUCCCAAAGUGCAUAAAUCAGUAAGGCGAAGAGAAAGGAUCAACAGAAACUGUCUAGUAGGGGCCCAUCCAGCCGUGACUCCCCAAGAGGCAAAAGCAAGCAACCUUAAGGCACAAAACUUGAACUGGCAGCAGGCUCUGGUAGUCCACGUCUCCUUCCAACCAGCAGAGUAAAGGCACAGACACAGUUGUGCACCGCAUAUGUAUUCAGAGAGACACAAGUAUGUAGAGUCAUUCAUGGCCCAGAGCGUGGAAAAUAGGGGCAAGUCUUGUCUGGACUGAUGAUUAAGAGACCCGUUUCCAUUCUGGAAAUCCAUUCCAAAAACCGUAUCACUCGUCAGCAUCUUCGUAGUACAAGCAUCGAAGAGUGCUCUUACACAAACCAAACAGCUACCACAUUAGUAGGCAAUAUAACUUAUGGGACCACCAUUGUGCAUGCCAUCUGUUGUUGGUUGAAAUGUCACUAUGUGACACGUGACUAUUCUGUACUUGGCUCUAAAAGGCCAAACAACCUUAAUGCCAAAAUUUCAGAACAUCCUGACAGCAUCUGUAACCAUGGCCCCUUUCUAGCCUGCCAUUUACAGUGGAGCCAAGUCGUCACAUCCUCCUUGCCAUCUGGGUUUCGUCUGCUCGCUGUAUCUCUCUUGUCCUGGCUGCAGCCAAGACAAAGGAGCUCUUGAGUGGGCAUGAUCAUUAUACGGCCUGGUCCCACAGCUCAGCCUGGGAAUAUGGUGGAGCCGAGCAUUCCUCCUGCUGUUGCUGGCCUAUUGCCACUAUGUUUGGCAACCUUGUAAAGAAAAUGAUAGGCUACAGAAUCCCCACUAGACCAACACUAAAGAAAAGCUGCUUCCCUCUGGGAUGCAUGCCCCAGGGGCCCAGAGCUUGGAGACACGGGUUAGGUCUUAUCUAGACAAAUAGUUUAGAAGCCCAUUUCAUUCUAGUUUGGAAUAGAAAGGGUUGCCCUUUCUAUAUCCAUAAUCAUCAAAGGCCUUCAAGUUCAGCCUCCAAGCAUUAAGGGGUAUCCAUAGUUUGUUUCCAGCCAAACAGACUGGGAGGGGGGUUCUGAGAGCCCUUCAGUAAGUGAGGACCCAAGGCCCUCUGGCUCCUCGUGACCUUCCCGUGUACUUUCUUGCUGAAGGUAACUUAACAGUAAUCAGAGGGGACCAACCCCAAGCCCUGUCUUCCUGUCUACAGCUGCAUGAUUCUCCCUGUGACAGCCUUCACAGUACUCCAAGCAGGAGCCCCCAGAGGCUGGGCACUGCAGACACCAUAAUAAACCAAUUGCAAUGUUGUU